AUGUACUAUUCUAACGGCUCUCAGACGACUCCGCAUGUUGGUUCCUUUCAAGGCAAUCAACCGUAUGCGGUGAUGCCUCGUCAUAUUCAACACCAUCGUCAACAGUUCGUAGAUCAUACCCAACAGCAGCCGCAACCAUCAUCUCAACCACCACCACAACCAUCCAUUCAACAACAACAACAACAACAGCGACAGGUGAUGCAGCCGCAGUAUACGCCUAAUCCUCAGUUUAUGCAGAUGCCAAUGACCUCCGUCAAUCAGAACUUUGUAAAUAAUUAUCCUGGAGUUCCUGGUGGGUAUCAGUCCUUUGGUUACAGUGCCCCACAACGUCAACAGACGGUACCCAUUCCAUCUAAUGAUGAUCGAUAUCGCAAACAACUUAUUGUGAACUAUCUCGCACCUGAUGUGGCCAGUGCAGAGUUGCACGAACUCUUCUCACGCUUUGGCCCACUUGAUGGGGCCCGCAUCAUUUACGAUAGACAAACAAACCUUCCAAAGGGGUAUGGCUUUGUGUACUUUGCACACCCAGAAAAUGCAAAGGAGGCGGUGGAACGGAUGAAUGGUUUUGAAUUCCACGGGAAACGACUAAAGGUAGGGUACAGUACAAACCCACUUAACAUCGUUUCUAGUGUUCAUACACAAUACACACAUGGGGCAAUAGUUUGA